AUGCUGAAGAAGAGGUCUACAGCUUUGGGUGUUGGAAAGGGUAACAGAAAUAAUGGGUUAAGAAAGGAGGAGGAUGAAGAAAAAGAGGAGGAAAGAUUGUUGAAAGGGAGAGGGAAGUGCUGGGUGCAAAAGGAUGAUGAUACUGCAGAUGGUGGUGACGGUGCUGUGGAUGAUGAUGGUGAUGAUGAUAAUGGUGCUGAUGAACUUAUGUAA